ACUUUGUAUAUGAUUAAUUGGCUAUUCUCUUUUCAUAUCGCCAUUCGUAUAAAGUCAAAAACGAAAAAAAUUAAAUAUUUCUAAACAUAAUUCGCCCAGUAAAGACGCGCUUUUCUUAAGCACUUGAAAUAAAUCUUUGGGAAAAACGUGAAAUAAUUUGGGUGUUUUAAUUAUUAAUUAAAAACAAUAAUAAAAUAAUAAUAAAUAAGAAAAGUUAUUAAUAGAAAAGAAAACAAAAGUUUUUUUUUCGUAGACAACAAACAAAAUGCAGUCGGCUACCAAGAAAAGAGUUUGUUACUAUUAUGACAGUGAUAUUGGCAAUUAUUAUUAUGGUCAGGGUCAUCCCAUGAAACCUCAUCGCAUACGUAUGACCCAUAAUCUUUUGCUAAAUUAUGGUCUCUAUAGAAAAAUGGAAAUUUAUCGUCCCCAUAAAGCCACGGCCGAUGAAAUGACCAAAUUCCACUCAGAUGAAUAUGUACGUUUCUUACGUUCCAUACGCCCCGACAACAUGACAGAAUACAAUAAACAAAUGCAAAGAUUUAAUGUAGGUGAAGAUUGUCCCGUCUUCGAUGGUCUCUAUGAGUUCUGUCAACUAUCCGCCGGUGGUUCAGUAGCGGCAGCUGUUAAACUUAAUAAACAGGCCUCAGAGAUUUGUAUUAACUGGGGUGGUGGUUUACAUCAUGCUAAAAAAUCAGAAGCUUCUGGUUUUUGUUAUGUUAACGAUAUUGUUUUGGGCAUAUUGGAAUUGCUGAAGUAUCAUCAGCGUGUUUUGUAUAUUGAUAUUGAUGUACAUCAUGGUGAUGGUGUGGAGGAGGCUUUCUAUACAACAGAUCGUGUAAUGACUGUUAGUUUCCAUAAAUAUGGUGAAUAUUUCCCCGGCACAGGAGAUUUACGUGAUAUUGGGGCGGGAAAGGGCAAAUAUUAUGCUGUCAAUAUACCUUUACGUGAUGGCAUGGAUGAUGAAGCCUAUGAGUCCAUCUUCCAACCUAUUAUAUCCAAAGUAAUGGAAACUUUCCAACCAGCUGCGGUGGUUUUACAAUGUGGUGCUGAUUCCUUAACUGGAGAUCGUUUGGGUUGUUUCAAUUUGACCGUUAAGGGUCAUGGUCGCUGUGUGGAUUUUGUUAAGAAAUAUAAUUUACCCUUCCUAAUGGUGGGUGGUGGGGGUUAUACCAUACGCAAUGUAUCACGUUGCUGGACUUAUGAGACAUCAGUGGCUUUGGGUGUAGAAAUUGCCAAUGAACUGCCCUAUAAUGAUUAUUUCGAAUAUUUUGGACCCGAUUUUAAACUACACAUCAGUCCCAGUAAUAUGACAAAUCAAAAUACCACAGAAUAUUUGGAAAAAAUCAGAAAUAGACUAUUUGAGAACUUACGUAUGUUACCUCAUGCCCCCGGUGUUCAAAUACAAACCAUACCAGAGGAUGCCAUCAAUGAUGAGACCGAUGAUGAAGAUAAGGCCGACAAAGAUGAACGCAUAACACAGGCCGACAAAGAUAAACGUAUAGUGCCCGAUAAUGAAUUCUCCGAUUCAGAAGAUGAGGGAGAAGGCGGCCGACGAGAUCAACGUUCCUAUAAGGGUCAAAGGAAAAGGCCACGCCUAGAAAAAGAUGGUAAAGUAACAGACAAUACCGAAGCUCAAGAUGAUAAAGAAAAAAUGGAUACAACAGAAAGUGAAGAACCUGCUAAAAGUGAAGAUGCCAAAAAAGAAAACAACAUAUGACGUGGUGGCCGUAAUUGGUUAUAGAAACCAAUAAAACGUACAUCGAAAUUUAAACCUAAUUUAACAUAGCGUUUAUUUUAAUUUAAUUUAAAAAAAAAGUUGUACUUUUACGCACUUUGUGUUGUUUCGAAAACUUUUUUCAAAGGUCCACAAGUUUUUAUUUGUUUCCUUUUUUCUUAGUACCUUUCAAAAGUACAUUAGUACCACACACAUAAUAAUAUUUAAAAAUACUUAAAAAGUACUUUUUUCCAUUAUAAAAACUCAACUCAAACUAAAAGCCAGCAUAUUAAACAAAGUCGUCUAUAUUUUUAAGUUAAGAUGUAAAAUAUAUAAUAACACUCCACUCCAUCCUCCCCCCCAUAACAUACACUUUCACUUUUAAGCUAAGAUUUUAUUACAAUUUUUUUUAUUUCAAAAAACACAAUUUUACUUAGAAUUUUUAACACAUUUCUUGAAGAGUAAUUUAAGUGAAAGUUUAAAUGCAACAUGAUAUAAACAAAUUAUAUAUAUAACAACACUAUAUGUUCUUUAUUUAUUUUCAUAAAAUAAACAAAAAAAAAAAAAAA